GCUCCUGCCAGGUAGAUGCCUAUAGGGGAGAGGACAACUCCAGCUGAACUGAUGCAUCUCGGCACCUGAUACCAGGCUCAGCUUCUGACAUGAAGAAAGAUAUAGAGUCUUUAAUAGCCCAGGAAAAAGCAGAGAUCGUUGCCAAGUAUGAGAAGGGCAGGCAGGAAGGAGCUCAGAUUGACCCGUGGGAAGAUGCCAAUUUCACACUGUAUAAAGUUACAGACCGGUUUGGAUUCCUGCAUGAGCAGGAGCUGCCGACCCGCACGGCCUUGGAGGAGAAGCAAAAACAGCAGGAAAUCGAACGCGUGGACAAGUGGCUAAAGAUGCUGAAGAAAUGGGGCAAAUACAGAAACAGUGACAAGAUGUGCCGGCGAGUGUACAAAGGGAUCCCGCUUCAGGUGCGAGGCCAGGUCUGGUCGCUUCUGCUGGACGUCGAGAAGAUGAAGAAGGAGAAUGAAGGAAAAUAUGAGCAAAUGAAAGAACAAGCAAAGAGCUUUUCAUCAGAAAUCAAACAGAUAGAUUUGGACGUUAACCGCACCUUCCGAAACCACAUCAUGUUUCGGGAUCGCUAUGGAGUGAAGCAACAGGCACUCUUCCAUGUCCUGUCAGCGUACUCAGUUUAUAACACCGAAGUGAGCUACUGCCAAGGGAUGAGCCAGAUCGCAGCCAUCCUCCUGAUGUACUUAAAUGAAGAGGAUGCAUUUUGGGCACUGGCACAGCUGCUGACCAACCAGCGGCAUGCCAUGCAUGGUUUUUUCAUUCCUGGGUUCCCGAAGCUGCAGAGAUUUCAAGCUCACCACGAGCAGAUUUUAAGCAAACUGUUUCCCAAACUGAAGAAGCACAUGGACAAGGAGCAGAUGACUACAGGGAUUUACACGACCAAGUGGUUCCUGCAGUGUUUCAUUGACCGGACCCCCUUCACCCUCACCUUGCGGCUGUGGGAUAUCUAUAUCCUGGAAGGAGAGCGGGUGCUGACAGCCAUGGCUUAUACCAUCCUCAAACUGCACAAAAAGCGCUUGCUGAAGAUGACGCUGGAAGAUUUACGGGAAUUUCUGCAGGAGAAAAUUGCCGCUUCCCUGCAGUACGAGGACGAUGCCGUCAUUGAGCAACUGCAGGUGUCGAUGACUGAACUGCGCAAGAUGAAAUUUGACCUCCCCCCGCCAGCAAAGCCUGAGGAGUUCCCACGGAAACCCCUGGGCCUGGAGCUCUCCCUCAACCCAGUAGCCAUGAAGGGCAACGUGGCAGCCAACGGCCAGAACGGCCGGGUGGGCGAGCAUCCCCCAGACAGGGAGCCCCAUCCGCACAGAGGUCCCGGGGCACCCGGAGGAACGACGGCGGUGGAGGCGAGGACUCCCACCCUCCAGGGCAGUGAAGCAGCUGAAGCAACAGACAUUCACUUGCAUCCUCCUGGCAGGGGGCUGCCAGGAGAGGAGGGUCAGGUGGAGCCCACCAGGGACGGGCAGCCACUGUCUCUUCUGAAGGCAAGUGAGAUGCAGGCCCAUCAUCACCUGCCCACAGCCCUGCCUCUGGAGCAGCCUCUUCUCAUUCCCGGCCAUGCUGUGGUGGACCAUGAGUCAGUCUCCCUCCCUGCCCCGGCUGAGCACGGCUCCUUGGACUCCUCUCUCCAAAACAUGCCAAGUGCUCCCGACUCAAGCACUGCUGAGCUUUCCGCUAUGGACCAUGCAGUAUCGCAGGCGAAUCCUGGUGCCCUGCCGGCUGGAGAACAAGCAUCUUCCCUUUGCAAAGAGAAAGUGCUUGAUGCACUUCCUCAUCCUCUCCCGGGCAGCUGGCAGCGGCUCUCCGGCGUGUCGCAGCACAACGGCUGCCCCGAAAGCGAGCACGGGGAGGAAACGGUCGAGAAGCACUGCAGAGCAGCGCUGCCGGACAAAAUGGACUUGAAGCGCUUGGAAUCCAAAGCUGCAUCCACGGGGGAGCUCACCAGCCUGCAGCAGAACGGGCCAGGGAGCGCCACCAGCACCACUCACUGGCUGGAGGGCUUUGGCCCGCUGCCCGCGCACGGGCUGGUGGGUGGCAGUGUGCCCAUCUUAUCCAGCAGCGAGUUGGAGGCAGCAGGGCUGGGCAAGGGCUGCCCCUUCCAGCGGUCGCCAUCCCCCACAGUGGAGGGGAACAGCCCCCACACCAUUAUCAAAACCACCACUCCCCUCCACCUGGCCCAUGCAACGGAGCAGGACUUCUCGAACAGAAAGCAGGUGGCAUUGCCUCUGCUGGACACUGGAUGUCCCCUGCCUGCCACCUCCAUGCCACCACCUCUUGCACUGGACCCAGAGGAGGCAGAUGCCCAAAAAAGCAUCCAGAAACCAUUAAACGCACUGAAAGCCCCACGACCACCCCUGAGCCCCAAACCAAAAUUCCUGCCACAGGUUGCCAAAUCCCAUUCGGAGAACAGUUUCCUUUCAGGCUCUCCUCCCCUGGCAAAGCUGCCCAAAUCGGUGACGUUUUAG